AUGUCGCACAUGGCCAAUCCCCUCGCGACGGUCGAGCAGAUCUACAAGUACAAGUCCUCGCUGUCAGCGCUGCCGCCGGACCUGCAAGACGCCGUCUUUUAUCAGGUGCAGCUCCUGACCCAGGCCGCAGGUCUGCUGCUCCGGCUUCCACAGUCCGUGACUGCGCAGGCCAAUGUCAUUCUCGCCCGCGCCCUAGUCGGUGCUGCUGCCGCCACCACGGCUGCCAACGAGUCCAACUCGUCGCUCCUCUUGUCGCAGCACGAACCCAGCAAUCUGUCGGCCGCCGCCCUCUUCCUCACAGCAAAACUGGGCGCGCACCCGGCGCCGCCGCGCGACCUUUGUAAUGUCUAUGCCUACCUCACAUCGCCGAGCUCGCCUCUAUUCACGCCAAACACUCCCUCCUCCGACGACGACGACGGUGCACAACAGAAACAACAGGAUCCUUCAUCCUACUACCUCUCCGAGACGGCAUACACAACCCAGCACGACCGGAUCCUGGCCGCCGAAUCGCGCAUCCUAGCUCUCCUCUCCUUUGACACGCACGUGGCGCUGCCACACCCGCUGGCCGUCACGUACCUGCAGGCCCUCGACUUUCUCUCGCUGCCGCGCGCCGCCGUCGCCCGCCGCGUCGUCGAGUACCUCAACACGGCCCUGCUCAGCCCCCAGUGCCUCUACCUGACGCACCAGCCCCACCAGCUCGCCGUCGCCGCCAUCUACAAUUCCGCCAAAGACCUCGGCGCCAAGAUGCCCGAAUGUGCCUGGUGGGAGGUCUUUGACGUUGAUCGCGAGGACCUGGGCUUCCUGGUGGUGGGUAUGCGUAGUCUCGAAGGGUGGGUGCGUAAGCAGCAAGCAGAGAAUCACGGUGAUUUUGAUCCGGCUCGUUUAAUUACGAAAAGCUUAAUAAUCAACCAAAUGAGGAAACGAGGCCUUCCAAGCAAUGGAUCAUCCGGCAAGGAGCUGGAUGAAGAAGACGCCAUGAUGCAAAGUAUGGAUGAAAUGGCUGCAAGAAUAGAUGCUUAA